AUGGCGUCGAUGUCCAGAGCUCGCGUCGAGAAGACAAAGACAAGCCUAAAGCAGAAGACGAAGCUGUCAGGUUGGGUUCUCCCCAAACAGCCCGCUUCAUUUGGUGAUGAGAACAGCUGGACCAAUAUCGAUUCCGACGUUACGCCCCUCGAGCGGCGAACAUGGUCUACAUGGACGAUUCUCGGUUUCUGGAUCUCUGAUGCGAUGAAUGCACAGGGAUGGAUGGCGCCGGCUGCAAUCAUCGCCGUGGGUCUCACAUGGCGGGAAGCUGUAUACAGCAUCCUCUUUGGCUUGUCCAUCACGGCCAUUCCGUUGGUCCUCAAUGGUGCUAUUGGUGCUCACUAUCACAUCAGCUUUCCCGUUGCGGCUCGCUCAAGUUUCGGCUUCUUGUUUGCUCGAUUUGCUGUCAUUGUGCGCAUGAUCACAGCUCUGUUCUGGCAUGCCAUUCAAACCUACACCGGAUCAACAGCCAUGACCCAGAUGAUCCGAGCGAUCUGGCCAAGCUAUCUGAACAUUCCGAACCACCUCCCCGCAUCCGCAGGCAUCACGACGCAACAGAUGCUAUCGCAUUUCAUCUUCUGGAGCAUUCAAUUCCCCAUCCUCUUGAUUGCUCCGCAUAAAUUAAAAUGGUUCUUCGUCUUCAAAGCCGUGGUCGUCCUGGUCGUGUGCAUCGCGACCGUCGUGGCCAUGACGGUAAAAGCGGGAGGGUCAGGGGAUAUCUGGGAUCAGGAGUAUACCGUGCAUGGAGCGGAGAGGUCCUGGCUCACCCUAGCUUCCAUGAUGAGCGUAGCGUCUGGAUGGGCCACGAUGGCGACCAACGUGCCGGACUUCACUCGGUACUUGAAAACUUCUCGAGGCGUGUACUGGCAAGGCCUGUUCCUACCAAUGAUUGGACUGAUUCUCGGCUUGUUUGGGAUCAUCUCCUGCAGUGCCGCCAAGGUCGUCUAUGGAGAAUAUAUCUGGGAUCCUGUCGUACUCGCAUCGCGAUGGGAUGGACCGGCCGGACGAUGCGGAGCAUUCUUCGUGGGGCUUUGCUGGGUUGUGGCCCAGAUUGGUACCAACCUCUCAGCGAACGUAAUCUCCUUCGCCAAUGAUAUGCUCAGUCUCUUCCCAAAGUACAUCAACAUUCGCCGCGGAGCAAUCUUCGCGACGCUUGUAGCAGGCUGGCUUAUGGUGCCCUGGAAGAUUGUGAGCUCAGCAGCAAGUCUCCUUACAUUCAUGGCUGGCCUUGCGAUUUUCCUGGCCCCUAUUUCUUCCAUCUUGGCUUGCGAUUACUGGCUCGUCAAGAACAAGAAGCUGGACGUGCCCAGUCUCUACAGAAGACAUGCGCGGUACCAAUACUACCACGGUAUCAACUGGAGAGCGGCCGUAGCGUUUCUCGUCAGCGUGACACCCAAUAUCCCCGGCCUUGCCAGAGCCGUGAGUCCUAGUAUCUCAUUGUCUUCGAGCUAUCACAUCUAUGAUAUGAGCUACAUCUAUGGCCUGGUCAGCGCUGCAUUGGUGUAUUUCGCGCUAUCAUAUGUCUUCCCUGCCACAGAAACCUUACUUUCGGAAGCGAUCCUGGAUGAUCCCGUCGUUGAGGGAGUGGUGGCAUAUCGAGAGUAUGGAUCCAAAACCGAGAAAUCUGAAAUCGAGGUGGAUUCUAGUUACCGUGGGGUUUCAGGGGAUGUUUGA